AUGGCAUUUUGGCUGCAGAUGGGUUUCCUGAUGGCCAGCCUGACAUCUUCAGCGGUGAGAGGGCGAGUAGAAAAAGAGCUGUCUCCAGAGUGCAGAGAGUUCCUCUACAUGAGAACCCCACCGAAAGGCCUGGAGCUCCCAUCCGUCAAGUACAUCUGCCAGUUUUACCACAAGAAGCCGCGCUACGUGACUCUGUACAGCACGGAGGAUCACAUUCCCAUCUACUCCGCCUACACCUUUAAGCAUUCGGAUGGGGAGAUGUGUGUGGAUGUUCCCUGGAUGUAUGAGCCACAGUUGUCCACUUCUUUUGACACAGACGAGAUGCAGCCCUUUCCACGUGGUUACGUGCACAUGAACUUUGAAGACGCCCAAGCGAUUCUGGACGACUACACCAACGCCAUACACUACGAGCGAGGGACCCUGAACCCGGACGAGCAUCAGAACGAACCCGACGACAAGGCCUCCACUUACACCCUCACCAACGUCGUCCCCGUGGUGUCCGACUUCAACGACGGGAUCUGGAAAAAACAGGAGCACAUCGUCCGCAAACGGCUCAACAACUACUGCCGCGGGAAGGCCUACAUAGUGACCGGGAUCACCAAGUCAGGGAAGACGAUCCACAGGGAAAACAUGAACCGUAUCGCAAUUCCCGACUACCUGUGGUCGGCUUACUGCUGCGUUGACUAUGACCACAACACGCCGUACACGGAGCGAUACAAGUUCCCUUCUUUUGCUCACGACGCUCUCAAUGAGGAUGAGAACAACGAGAUAGUAGAGACCUCCGUCCCAAAGCUCCGGGAGUUUCUCAGAAAGACGUUUGUGAACGAGAACUUUCAGAUUUUUGUAGGAGACUGCAAUCCCCAAUCAUCCAUGAAAAGUGAUUAAGAAAAGUAUUUUGAAAUGAGGAAGCUAGAUUGUAAAUUUGAAGAAUAAAUUAAGCUCCACUGUAUCCAAAUCUCUUAGUAUACUACAGCAGCUUACCAGAAUAAAAUAUAAGCAAAUAAACAGAAUUUAAUUGUGAACUAUAUUAAUAUGUGUGUUUGUUCUACACAUAUUAAUGCUUGAUAUAAUAUGUGAAAAUGGUUGCAGAACUUUCAAGAUGACUGUCAGACACGUUACGACUUCUGUUCAUAAAAUAUAUCAAACCAUUCUGAACCACCACUCAUACAAAGAAAAUCCCCAAAAUCCUCACUUAAUAGAAACAGAGCAUAAAAGUGAAAUAUGAGAUAUUUUCUACUUUUGGACGUCUUCAGCUCAUUAAUCAGCAAACGGACCAGAGAAGGAUAAUAUGCAGCAUAAGGGAAGAUCAAACCUCUGACCGAUUCAGAAAGUGUUCCUCAAGCAUUUGUUUCACCUGUUUGAAUGUCUUCCAAAGGUUAUUUUCUUGUCAUGUUCAGAACUCUGAAUUUUUUUUGCGUAAUU